UUACAAGCCCGAGUUCAAGCAGGGAAGCGACCCCGACCGCUCGCCCAUGUCUCUCGCCGCGGCCUCCCUCGCCUAGCCCGCUGGCCGCUCGCUUCCGCUUUCUGUGCAUUUGCCCGCGUACUGCGGUUAUCGGUGCAAGCUCAAGAGAGAACGCUGAAAGCUGAGCUCCGGGACCGAAGGAGAGUCGUGCAUCUCGAGGAGUAACAAAAUGUCAGUGGAGGGGCAGAUAGAUGGCCCGCAGCCGGCGAUGACGGAGGCGCAGCAGGGACUCAACAACUUCUGGCCCAAAGUCACUGAGGAGAUCAGGCAGCUCACACAGACAGACUUGAGGCAGCAGGAGUUACCGCUGGCCCGGAUCAAGAGGAUCAUGAAGCUGGAUGAGGAUGUGAAGAUGAUCAGUGCGGAGGCCCCUGUUCUGUUCAGCAAGGCGGCAGAAAUCUUCAUCACAGAACUCACAUUGCGAGCUUGGAUCCACACAGAAGACAACAAGAGGAGGACACUUCAGAGAAACGACAUAGCCAUGGCCAUCACAAAGUACGAUCAGUUCGACUUCCUGAUUGACAUCGUGCCCAGAGAUGAGCUCAAGCCCCCCAAGAGCAGGGAGGAGUCGAGUCGGACGGGUGUCCCUGCUGACCAGCACUAUUAUCAGAUUGCUCAGCACUACCAAGCUGUUCUGCAACAGUCCACUGCCAAUAACAGUAGUAGCACCGCCCAGACGACCGUGCCGCAGCAGACCAGUGCGCAGCCUCAAACCAUACAGAUAGUCCAGGCGGGUGGCCAGGUGUCCACUGUGCAGACAACAGGAACAACAGCAUCAACAACGCAGCCCCAACAGCAGACGGCACAAAUUAUCCAGUUGCAGCCACAGCAGCAGCAGGCACAGCAGGCAGCACAGCAGCAGACAGCAGCUGCAGCAGGAGGUGGCAUUCAAAUAAUCCAACAGAUAAUAGGGACUGACGGUCAGAUCCAACAAAUACCUAUCCCGUUAACACCACAGCAGCUACAGAUGAUUAGGUUACAGAUGUCUGGGGCGACGCAACAGCCAAUCAUAAUUCAGACGGCGCCGAUCCAGGCAGUCACGCAGCAGGCGCAGGCGAGCUCCUCUCAGCCCCAGAUUAUUCAGCUGCAGCAGAGUGGUGGGCAACCAGUGUACAUCACGCAAAGCCAAGCACAGCAGCAAUAGCGUGACCCUUCCCCAGACGCUUAGUCUUAUCCUGUCGUUGACUGUUCCUAAGAGGAAGCGUUUUCAAAGUCACCAGUGAUGUAAAGGCUAUAAGACAAUGCUCAGAAAAGUGUUGUUCCCCCUCCCCCUUCCCCACUCCCAUGAAGUAUCUCAGACGGCAAGGUGUCAUGGCAGUGUUGCCAAUCUGAAAAGGAGCAAACGUGGGUAAAACUCAAAGAGCUUUGAUUCAGAGGACACACUAAGUAUUGCUAAUAUGCAGGAACAUUUUUUUCUCUUUCUUUUUUUUCUUGUUUCUUUUUUAAAUAAAAAUAUUUAUAUUUUCACCAUCAUCUAUGUAUAGUCAGAAACACAGACAGACUAUGCACUUUUCAGAUAUUAAGUAGUCUCUACAAUCCAGUUUUCUGAAUGGCUGUCAGAUGCUUACAUAUAUAUUUUUUAAGGUGGGUAGCUCUGUUUUAUUAUAAUUAUUAUUUAUUUGUUUUUUAUAUAAACAAUUACUGUAUCUUCAAUGAUUGUAUUCUUCAUAUAUAAAGCAGAGCUGCUCUUAUUUUACCAGUGAUGUGCCAGGUGCACACAGAUGUAUAAUGAAACUGUACAAUUAUUGCUCUUGUUGAAGCACUCUCUGCAAUAUGAUUUUUAAGGUUCAAUAUUUACUGCAAGUUGAUAUGUAUAUAUUAUUAUUAACAGUGUGUUUAGUUUUCUGUUUGAUGCCUAAAUUAUUUAAAUUUUGUGGUUUUCUCUUCUUUGUAGUAUUUUGUAAAUUAAAGAUAAUGUAAGCAAUAAAAUUAACAUUUAUAGAAAA